UUGGAAACAACUUGUCAAGCCGCAUUGUUAUCGAUAUUUGGGAUUGGGAUUAUCUUUUGAUCCCGAAAAAUUUAAUUUUAACAAUAGACAUACAUAAGACAUGACAUCAAAUUUUCUAGAGAUUGAUGGUAGCGUUUUAGAGGGUGGAGGUCAAAUUUUACGAAAUGCAAUUGCUCUUAGUAUCGUAUGUAAUGUACCCAUUAAUAUAUCGAAUAUUCGAAAAGGAAGAUCUACUUCAGGUUUAAGACCUCAACAUUUAUCAGGUGUUACUUUAGUAAAAAAUAUAUCAAACGCAAGCGUAAGUAAUGCCACAAUUGGUUCAGAACAGCUAACAUUCACUCCUAGUCAAAUAAUCGGUGGCAAAUAUGAAAUUGACACAAGAACCGCUGGAAGUGUGGCUCUACUAUUACAAGUUGCCUUACCCGUUUGCUAUUUUGCAUGUGGACCAAUUACAUUAAGUUUAAAAGGUGGAACAAAUUGUGAAAUGGCCCCACAAAUCGAUUUCUUAACAGAAGUAUUUCGACCAAAUUUAGAAAAAUUUGGUGCAACAUUUAAUUUCGAUUUAAUUCGUCGUGGUUAUUUUCCAAAGGGUGGUGGACAUAUUUCAGUAACUCUAGAAUCAGUGAAUUUUUUUAAACCAGUGAAUUUAUGUGAUCAAGGAACUGUUCAAGAAAUAUUUGGUUGGGCGUUUGUGGCUGGAUCAUUACCUGUACAGAUUGCACAUGAUAUGGCAAAUGGUGCAAUUCAAAAGUUUAAACAAAAAUUUCCUAAUUUAAAUAUUAAUAUAGAACGAUAUAAAGAGGAUGGCCGGGUAGCGCAGGGUAAUUGUUCUGGAAUAAUUUUAGUUUGUACAACAAGUACCGGUUGCGUUUUGGGUGGAUCAAGUUUGGGAAAUCGAAAAGAAUCAUCAGAAGUGAGUGGUUUUAAAGCAGCUGACGAAAUCCUUGAAGCUUUAAAAGAUGGUGGAUGCGUUGACAAAUACGUACAAGACAUGUUAAUAAUUUUUAUGGCAUUAGCUAAAGGUAAAUCCAAAAUUCAAGUUGGCGAAAUCACAUUGCAUACGAAAACAGCGAUUUAUGUGGCAGAGAAAAUGACAAAGGCGAAAUUUAAUGUGAAAAAUAUUGGAAAUAAUACAAACAUAAUUGAAUGCGAAGGAAUUGGAAAAGAAAAUAGUCAAAAAAAUUAUUAAUUUGAUAGUUUGUAUUCGUUUAUAAUAAUAAAUUUUAAAAGAAAAAAGCAUUGAAAUCCCUUAAGGCAUAACAAUUAUCAAAGUAUUAUCCAACAAACACGAAUUAGCCGACGAUAAUGAUAUUUGUUAGUUAUUAAAUUAUUAUCUACAGAUUCGAGAAGAGUUUGAUCCAAAAAAUAAUUUAAAGGGGGAUUAAAUGGUGUUUAAAUUCGAUGGUAAGUAAAAAGGAUCGUCGGGAGCUAAAUGAGUCCCAAGUAGUUAACGGGUUAAAGAGUAUAAGUGUCAAAAAAUGAACACAGCUUAUGUGUUUUCACACCCAAAAGCUUUUUUUUACUGACUAUACUUCUGGAUUCGUAGAUUC